AUGUCCCAACCAAACCAGUCACUAGAAGGCCUUCCCCAGGGGACCUUCAACAGAUCUCUGAAUGCUACAGAAACCCCAGGGGACUGGGACCGCAGAUCUCUCCAGGCGCUCAAGAUCUCCCUUGCUGUGUUCCUUUCCAUCAUCACGCUGGCCACAGUUCUCUGCAAUGCUUUUGUACUUACCACCAUCUUACUCACCAGGAAGCUCCACACUCCUGCCAACUAUCUGAUUGGGUCCCUGGCUGUGACCGACCUCUUGGUCUCCAUCUUGGUCAUGCCCAUCAGCAUUGCAUACACCAUCACCCGCACCUGGAACUUUGGCCAAAUCCUCUGUGACAUCUGGCUGUCUUCUGACAUCACAUGCUGCACAGCAUCCAUCCUGCAUCUCUGUGUCAUUGCCCUGGACAGGUACUGGGCCAUUACUGAUGCCCUGGAGUACAGUAAACGCCGGACGGCAGGCCAUGCAGCCACCAUGAUCGCCAUCGUCUGGGCCAUCUCCAUCUGCAUCUCUGUCCCACCGCUCUUCUGGCGGCAGGCCGAAGCUCAGGAGGAGAUGUCAGACUGCCUGGUGAACACAUCUCAGAUCUCCUACACCAUCUACUCCACCUGUGGGGCCUUCUACAUCCCAUCUGUGCUGCUCAUCAUCCUGUAUGGCAGGAUCUACAGGGCUGCUCGGAACCACAUCCUGAAUCCACCCUCGCUCUACGGGAAGCGCUUCACCGCAGCCCAACUCAUCACAGGCUCUGCGGGGUCCUCGGUCUGCUCACUCAACGCCAGCCUCCACGAAGGGCACUCACACUCAGCCGGCUCCCCUCUCUUUUUCAACCAUGUGAGAAUCAAGCUUGCUGAUAGUGUCCUGGAACGCAAGAGGAUUUCUGCUGCUCGGGAAAGGAAAGCCACUAAAACCCUGGGGAUCAUUCUGGGGGCCUUUAUCAUCUGCUGGCUGCCCUUCUUUGUUGCAUCUCUGGUCCUCCCCAUCUGCCAGGACUCCUGCUGGAUCCACCCAGCCCUCUUUGACUUCUUCACCUGGCUUGGCUACUUAAACUCCCUCAUCAACCCAGUAAUCUACACAGUGUUUAAUGAAGAGUUUCGCCAAGCGUUUCAGAAAGUUGUCCAUUUCCGGAAAGCCUCUUAG